UUUAAAUAACAUUGUAAUAAAUGCGGUUAUCCCAAUUUAUGUGGGAGAAUAUGAUACGUUUGAGAUUAAUGAGAACUUUUCUAUGUCUAUGAUACCGGCAAGAAUUACAACAAGGAAAUCUUCGAACGUCAAUGGUAAAGUGGAAACAUUAGAAAGUGUAGAUACAGAAAUAGAGAAAAGUUUAAUAAAUGUCAUUUGGAACGGAUUAUCAGAAACAAUUUCUUAUGUACUACGUCAAGAAUUUAGUGCAGGAAUUGUAGAAUAUUCCAUUAAUGAAUUAUUUGAUGACCCCGAGGAAAUGCUCGCUUUUUCAAAGAAACGUCUAAAAGUAGCGAGGAUAGUCAUGAACACCAUUUUUGGAAGGGCAUCUUUAUUAGUAGAUGAUUCAAUUAUUAAAAUUCCUGACUUAAACCUUUCUUAUAAAUCCCCAACCACUUCAAAAUUAACAUUGAUUUGUUUUCAAUCCGGCACUUUAUUGGGUUUAGCAAACAUACAUUUAUCUGGAAAGUAUUGUAUUACUCAAGAAGAUGCCACAACCAUUUCUUUGUGUGGUGGGUUUGAAGUACGAGAGUUAUCGAUGCUUUUUAGUGAUUGUUGGGUCGUUUAUGAUGGUAUCGAGAACAUUGGAAACUGUAAACUUGUUUCGUGUAAAAGCAAAUUUCUAUUAAAAAUAUUAUUAGAAAAGAAAGGAAACAAGUAUUGUCCUAAAUUAGACAAUGUGCAGCUCUGUUGGAUUAGACAAAUGGAAUGUGAUUUUGUUGGUUUACCAUGUCUUACAAACGAUAUUCGAAAAGAAUUGCAAUCUUACGUGGAAGCUUUUCUUUAUGGUGAAAUUCAACCCAUGAUGAUAAAUUAUUUUAAAGAACGUUUCGAAGGAGUUCUUAAAAAGUAUAAGAUAGCUAGACAUAUCAAAAAUAUACCUUAAGUAAUAACUAUUUAUUUUUAUAGUUUUUGUAUUAAU